AUGGAAAAAAUACAAAAAUCUCAACAAAAUAUUACUGAAAAUUUGCUCAUAAUCGAACUUGCUGAAGAAAUUUAUCAACAACAAAAUAAAGUAGAAAAUCUUAUUGAAAAAAAUAAAUUACUAAAAAAACAUAUUAAAAAAAUAGAACAUUCUGAAGAACAAGAAAAUUCAAAUAAAAAUUCUGAAGAAAAUUCGCAAUCUUCAGAAUUACCAAAUAAUUCAAAGAAUUUAUCUGAUUCUCAGAGAACAAUAACUCAGAGUCAAGUGAACUCAGACAUGGAAAUAAAGAAUAUUUACAAAACUCUCUUUUACUGGGCUUUGUUUCUUAUCGGUCUUUUAAUCUUUGCUGCUUGGUAUUUCUGGCAUGAUAGAAACUUUUACAUAACUCUCAUUGAAAGAGAAAAUGUAAAUAUCGAAAGAGAAA